AUGCCUCAUGCCUCUGUUGUACCCUAUGCGGGGUUUCAGGCUCUCAUACUCUGUGGCCCUGGCGUUUCUUUGAAUACAUUUACUUCAAACCCUGAGGAAUUCCCCAAAGCCCUUGUUCCAAUUGCGAACCGCCCUAUGGUCUGGUACCCUCUAGACUGGUGCUAUCGCAUGGGCAUUACGAUCCUGAUCUCCUCCAAUGGGCGUUUUACCGCCAUCAACAUGGGAUACAAGAAUGAAUUUUAUAUAACUCUUAUUACUCCUCAGUCAAGUCAGCCCGCUCUAGAGGCUGCCCUAUCGCAAAACCCACAUCUUACAUCGCUACCUUCUCCAUCCCCAUCAGUGCUUGCACCUCGAGACCUAACCUUCACUACUGGUACUUCGGAGCUUCUGCGACUACCUGAUGUGCAAGCAUGUAUCAGGUCCGAUUUUAUGCUUCUUCCUUGCGACCUAAUAUGUGACUUGCUUGGCGAAUCGCUCCUCGAAGCGUGGAUGUCAAGCCAAGGAGCUCUGGAUGGUUCGUCAGUCGGUGAAGCGUUUUCAAGCCGCGUAUCAAGCAUGGUUGGCGUUGGCGGGGAGCAUGGUGGAAGGAGAGGCGGUCUCGGGGUAUGGUACCCCAUACCCACUUCCAAAGAAGAGAAGAUCAAAGGGGAGGUGGCCGAUUUCUUGGCCAUAACACCCCUGGAUACAGAUGAUGCUGCCGUUGUCAAUGGCGGACCAGGCGGGAACGGAUCCGGCCGCGCCUCAUUAUCAAAACUUGUGUACGCUGCGCCAAUGGAUACACUGAAAAACACAAUGGCCGAGAAGAAGGCUUUCUUGAUCCGCCCUUCACUCCUUAGAAGCCAUGGCAGAGUGAAGCUCUUAACCACCUACCGUGAUGCUCAUAUCUACUUAUUGCCGUACUGGGUGAAAGACAUGGCUAAAAGAAACCAGAAAUUCGAAAGCGUCAGCGAAGAUUUGAUAGGAUGGUGGGCGAAGGCCGAAUGGCAAACGGGCCUAGGCGAGAAAUUAAGCCUACGAGAAGUUUUCAGCAACCAGGCCACAAAUAGCCGUGGUUUCGUAGCCGAAGAGCGUGUCGAGGAAGAAAUCGACAUCACAGCCAUGUCUACAACAAAAUCAAGUUCCCACUCCAACAUCAACCCGGACGGCAGCAGCGCGACACAUAAGCAGACUCGACCGCGUCCAACCCAACACACCUUGCCUUUUCAACUAGACGAUACCGUCAAUCCUAACCCAGCAUCCCCACAAAAACUCUCCGUACCCCCAAUCCUCGCCUACAUUCACCCUUCACAACCCUCCGCCCCUCUAAUACGGCGCGUGGACAGUUCUACCCUCCUUCUGUCGACCUCACUCCGUCUGGCAAAACUAGACCCAAUCAACGACGUUGGUCGCGAGGCUGCGUCCCCGUUCGCCCACAUGAACAAAAUCGCCCAUCCAGCCGGCAUCGCCCAGCGAUGCACAGUCACCAAAGCCGACUGCCUGAUCGCCGAGAACGUAACCGUCGAAGAAAAGUGUGUCAUCAAGGAGUGUGUGAUUGGCGCCAACUGCCACAUUGCCACGGGUGCGCGACUGACGCGCUGCUUGCUCAUGGAUGGUGCUGUGGUGGACCAGCGCUGUCAGCUUACAGGCUGUAUUAUUGGGCGACGUUGCAGGAUUGGGCGCGAGUCUGUGCUGAAGGAAUGUGAGGUGCAGGAUGGGAAUGUUGUUCCAGAAGAGACGGAGGCGAGCGGGGAGAAGUUUAUGGUUUUUGAGGGCUUGGAUGGAGAUAUGGAUGACACAGAUAUGGAUGGCGAUAUGGAUGGCGAUACGGAUGAGCAUGGGACGAGCUGA